AUGACAGGCUGCAGGGUAUCUCAGCGCGUCAAGGGGCAUUACCCCUGGGCGGGCGCGAUGCCGUUUGCUCAACUCCCUCCUGGGGCUGCCCACCAAGCAGCAGCGCCUCUUCCUCUCCUGCUUCCCUUUCACUCCCCCCUCUCUCACAGCAUGACAGGCGGCAAGGUCUCUAACCGCAUCAAAGAGCAGUACCCCUGGGGGCGCCAGUGCCUGUUUGUCCGCCAGUGCCUGUUUGUCCGCCAGUGCCUCAUGACGGCUGGAAAGGCCUCUAACCGCACCAAAGAGCGCUACCCCUGGGGGCGCUACUGCUGUCUCGACUCCCUCCUGGGCUGCCAGCCAAGCGGCAGCGCCUCUUCCUCUCCCACCGCCUCGCCACCAGCCACUCCUCUCCUGCUUCCCUUUCACUCCCCCCUCUCUCACAGCAUGACAGGUGGCAAGGUCUCUAAUCGCAUCAAGAAGCAGUACCCCCGGAGGCGCUACCGCUGGCUGGACUCCCUUGUCUCUAAUCGCAUCAAGGAGCAGUACCCCUGGGGGCGCUACCGCUGGCUGGACUCCCUCCUGGGCCUGCCUGUGAAGCGGCAGCGCCUCUUCCUCUCCCACCGCCUCGCCACCUCCCCUCUCUCCAACGCCCUGGGCUGCCUCGUGUUCCUCGGCACGCCCUUCUAUGUCAAGAAGUGGGAGAGGAACGGAGUGCGCUGGCUCGUGCUGGCGACGGUGGCGAGUAUUGUCGUGAUGCUGGCUGUGAUGUGGGGCUAUGCCAUGCUCGUCUCGUACGCCAUCCGCAGUGCCGUUGCUAAAAGAAGUGUGGACGCCCCUUACCUGACGCCAUUGAUCGCAUCGGCGCUCAUCCUUGUCUUCGCCACCAUCAGUGUCAGCAUCGAGGUGUCCCGCAGCACUGCCUUCUACAGCGGAAACAUCUACCACUCGCCCGACUUUGAUUGGUCACAUGCCAUGUCAGCACUGGUUGUCCACGCUGGCAAGCUGGAUGAGGCCAGCCUAGCUCUGAGUUCCGAGCCUAUCGCCCAAGCCUACGUGUUCCCGCACCUAGCCAAUAUGCUGAAGCUGCCCUUCUGGAAGCGCCUCCCCCAGUUCCCACCUCACGACGCCGUGCCUCUCGACUGGCUGCUCUACUUCGCAUCCUUCGGCCGCAUCCUCCUCUGGAACAUCAUCUUCAUUCUCCCCGCGCUGCUGCUCUCUCUCAUGUCUCAUGUGGUGGCGCCGCUGGUGAUAGGCGCGGUGAGGAACGUGAUUGUGGUGAUCAGCUUCGGGCUCGCGCAGAACGAGCUGAGCUUUGCGCAUGUCUUCAUGGACGAGAUUCUUGACCUGGUACUCUCCUCCCAACACGUGGAGCACUGGAACGUGCAGAAACUUCUGGCACUGGCAAAUACGCGCUCUCUACAGGGGGAGCUGAUGGCGGGGUAUGAGGAUGACACCUGUGACAUGGGGGAGGCGGUUUUUGAGGCGGGGCUACUCGGGGAGGGGUUAUCUGAGGAAGGGGUACCUGGAAAAAAUGUUGAUGGGAGGAAUGGGGAGGGUAUGAAGGGUGAGGGAAGAGGAAAGGGUAAGGGUGUUGAAGGGACUGGGGAGAUAGCUUCAAGAAGGGAUGGGGAAGGGGAAGGAGAAGGUUGGAGGAAUGGGCGAGGGGUGCAGCAGGUAGGGGCUGGUGUGAGUGGGUUGGGGUCAGCAAGACAGGAGGUGGCAGAGAGGUGUUUUGAGUCGACUCAAAACACGGCUGGUGUGGGUGGGGUGGGACCAGCAAGACACCUGGUGGCAGAGAGUGUUGGGGCAGCAGCACCAAUAGCAUCACAGCAGGAGUCAGCUGUAGCAGGUACAGAGGCUAUAGCAGGGUCAGCGGCUGUAGCAGGGGCAGCGGCUGUAGCAGGCAGCACUGGGGCAGGGGAGGAAAAGGACAAAGAAAGCCGCUACCGCCCCGUUUUAGAGCCGUCUUUCAGUGCCUCUGCCGGCCAAUGGCAGCGCAGCGCGAGCAGGCUGCGGCGGCGCGUUACAUUCAAGAGCGUGAGGACACUCGGAGACGAUACCCGGGGAGAUGAAACCCGUGCAGAUGAAACCCAUGGAGAUGAAACCCGUGGACAUGUAACGGCCGGAGAUGUAACUCCUGAGCGUCCUCUCCUCCCACUCAGCACAAGUCAGGACUCAUCCUCCGCUGACCCCUGUUACUCUCACACUCGGACACGAGGGGAAGAGCACCAAUCUAAGCAGCAGGCAGGGAGAGAGGAGCACGAUAGCACGACCAAGAAUGGUGAAGUGCUGAAGAGAGGGGAGAAACGCGGCGAAGCUGAGAACUUGGGGCAUGUCAUGGGGAGUGUGAAUGAGGGUGUAACAGAGGGGAAGACGCACGGGGAGGAGCAACUUCUGUACGAGUAUUUAUGGGAUGAUAAGGAGUUGGAUGAAGCAGCUGCUAAGUGUCUUACUUACCAGUGCCUCAAGCCUGAAAUCAAGAAAAUGUGGCGGAAUCCCCGACUGACCCCAGAGGAGUCUGUUAGGAGAUUAAAGAGCUAUGUGUGA